GUUGUCAAUGUCAAACGAAAUAAACUUGAAAACACUAGUUUUUAUUGCGGUUGGACCUGCAAAAUUUUACUAAUUUAAUAUCUUGAAAUUAAACAUAAUUCAGUGUGAUGUGAUAACGUAAAAAUAGCAAUAGUUAAAUAAAAACGUCGUUACUAAUCAAUCGUAUAUUUUGGACUUUGACCAACUUAUGUAUCGAACAUGCAAUAAAUUCAGUCAUCAGCGAAGUGUACAAACAAACGUGACGUUUUGGCUCAUUAUAAUAAUGUUUUCGUUAUUGUAUGGUUGUUUCUUUGUCUUGGUCACAGUGUAAAAUGUUUGUAUUGACUCGGACCUGUAGGUCGUAAACAAUUAGUGAAAAAUGGAAGGAUUAACACAAAAUGAAAAAAUAAUUUGGUCAUGUUGGGAAGAGAAGUCACCGAGAGAUGUAGUCAGGGAAGCGGCCGCGAAAGGCACUCAUAUUGAUUUAGCUAUUCAGUAUUUAAUGCAAAAAAAUUCUUGGACUGAAUCUUCAUCAAGAGAGUGGUUCUUAGCUGAGGUUAAGACAUGGACUAUUCAGUUACUUCUACGAAAGCAAAUCUUUAAAGUGCUACAUGUCUUGAAUAAAGUCAACAUUAACCCUGAGGAUCACCUAAUGACACUGGCAGCCACCUCCUCAAACAUUGAAUAUAGAGAUUUCAUUGUUGAACACUUGGAAAAACUAUCAAAAGAUAUUAAAACCGAAAAUUUGGAUAAGUGGUUGAAUUUCAAAAGGCAUUGGAAUUUACUCAGAUAUUUAGAAAGGUCUUUUGAAGUUGAUGGAACAUUUAAGCAGAAUAAAGUGUUUGGUGAAGGAAAUGAUAGGGUUUUUGUCAAUGAGAGUGAGAUCAAAGCUCUUACUGUUGAAGAUAUUGAAAAGUAUCCAUCACAUUGGAAAUGUAAAAUAGCAACUACAUUGUUCUUUAACACAUUUGAAUACUCACUACUGGACUUCUCAUCCCCCCAACAAAUGUGGAUUCAUCUUUUGGAAAGAAACAAGGCAAUGGUAUUAGUUCGUUGGAUAAACGUCCAAACAUCAGAGGUUGUUCGAGAUAUGAAUGCAAGAUAUAAUUUUUUUAUAAAUGAAAAUUUUGUUAAUAAACUUUUAAAUGUGGAUACAAAAGGAUUUAGCAGUGAAGUGCUUGCGAAUUUGGAUAAAAUUUUUCGAUCUUGGCCGAUCACGAAUGAAAUGAUUCAAAAUGUUGCAACAAGUAAUUGUUUUGCAUACACUAAAUUGUGUAUUUAUGACACACUGUGUUCUUAUGGCAUAGUAAAUAAUGAUGAGCGAAAAAAUUUAUAUGUGAUAAUUUCCAGACUGGCACGAACACAGAAUUUAAAACAAAUUGAUGAUAUCUUCACUGAAUCUUGUGCAACAAUAACUAAACAAGAAUUUUACGUCGAAUUGGCAAAAUAUUGUGUAAAAAAUAAACUUUAUAAUGUAUUAACUAUGUGCGUUGAGGGACAUAUACUAGAUACAGAUUUAUCAGAAGUCGAACAAGAAGCAAAAGACUGCAUUGAGCUGUGGUUAUUGUUUAAAAGCAUCGAACAGACAUCGGAUAGACAGAGUCAUGUUGUACCUGUAUAUAAAACGUGUCAGCAAAUAGCAAAAAAUGAUAUUGAUAAUUAUAUUUCGACUAAUCCUUAUUUAGUCCUGGGCAUGAUACUACUCGAGGACGAUGCAAAUCUAUUUGACAUAUUUUCGAAGCUCGAUAUUUUACAAUUCAAAGACUUCAAAUUGCCCAACAAAGGUUACAAACAUAAACUUCCACAUUUAUAUAAUGUUUAUAAGAAAUUUGCAGGUGGUUAUCAAAUGUAUGAUUCGAAAGAUGUUAAUGUCUAUCAACUGCUCUCCGGAUAUCGUGGUUUAGAUGUAUCGAAAAUAUUUGAAUUUCAAUUAAUUAAUCAGAACACGAAGAGUGUACUAGCUGAAAAAUCUGACAGGCGUAGUUUGGGUAGUCUGUUGUCUAGUGAUGUGGAAGUAAGAAGCGGCAUUAAGACAUUAUCUCAACGAUCAGUUGAUAUGCCAGAUUUCGAAAAUGAGAAACUGAUCAAGCGAUACGGAUACGUCGCGAAAUUAAACCAUGUGUACUAUUUAAAGCAAUACCGUCCUUGUAAUGCUAGUCAGGCGUUUGUGGCACAGCAGUAUCAGACGUACAAUAGAUUACAAGAGAAAAGUAUAAAAAGCGCUUGCUGUGAAGCUCACGCUCUAGCGUUGCAGAACUGGUCGGACCCAGCGAUGGCGGCCUGCGCUGUCUCUUUCGUAGCAAUGAUAGGCUGCAAUCCCUCCAGGUGCAGAGUUCACAUGUCCGCAGCCAAAAUUAUAAAGCAACACUUGAUGGUCAAUAAAAAUUUCUCAGAAGAGAAAGCAAACAAAGUUGUUAAUGAAUAUAUGUCUAAACUCAUGCAAAGUAACGAUCAAGCUGCGAAAGAAAUUUUGCAGUAUUUAGAAGAAAUAACGAUUAAUAAAUUAAAACAGAUACAGUCUGAAGAUAAAUUUGAUAUGACUCUAGUCUUGUAUGAAUCUCAAACGAUGGUGAAGUUUGCAAUACUCCAUAAUUUGCCGUUACCAGAACUUCAACUUAAGGAGUUUGUUAGGAACAAUUCCUGGUUUAACUUUUUGUUAUUCGGUGACGUGUUCAGAUAUCCUCUAUCACAAAUGCUGCAACUGUCUCAAGAUUUUGAGAAGCAAUCGUAUGCGGAACACUUAAAGUACAUAAUGUUACACAAAACUACUGAAGAGGACAAAGAUUUCAAAUCUGUUUCAAGUAACGGUCAGAGAAGAUUCUCGAGACUCAGUUCUAUGGAAGUGAGUCCAACUCAAAAUAUUUCAUUCGAGUUUCCAUUGAGUUGGUACAUGGGUCGUGAGUUGUGGGAGGUGGCGGCGGCCUGCCACGGGCCCGAGGACCCGCCCGCCGCGCUGCUGCGCGCCGCAGACCUCUGCCGGGAGCCGCUGCUGGUACUCAUCGCCAGCUGUUACGAGCCAAACUCUGUAGAUGUCUUAUGGGCGCAAUGGGUUCUGGCGUCAAUAGGUGUGUCAGAGCGCACGCGCGAGGCGCUGCAGGCUAAGAUCUCCCACCGCCCACUCUCUGAACAGUUCCUCGUGGUGGCAGAAGUGUGUCUUGUUGAAGGUUAUAUCGCCACCCUGCAAGAGUCAAUGCUCGUGUUCAUGUCGGAUAGCCCUCUGACAUUGCUGACAACGUUCCUACACCGUUGCAUCCGUCUGCGUACUUUCGACAUGGAAACUUCGAGAACUCUUGGGAACUUCCUACAGCAAUGCCAACGCAAGUACAGCUCGGAGUCGGCCGGCAUGCCGUGGCACAUGUCUAAGGAGAUGUUGCAGAAGAUCGCCGUUGAGUUAGUCAAGAUAGCGCUGAGUUACAGCUUUGAUAGUGCUUACCAUCAAAGAGAGUUUCUCCGUUGCUUAUCUGAUGUACAAUUUGAAAAAGGGUUGAUGGUGCCAACACCAAAUUUUAAGACUCUCUUCGAAAUCAUACAAAUAUCAAUGCAAACAUCAUUAGUAGUGAAUAUACAGAAGUUGCUAAGAGACGAAUGCGAGAACUAUCUCGCAGAGUGUAUAAAGAUGUAUACAGAAAACAAGAAUUACGAUGUAGCACUAAAAAUUGCUAAAUUGGCCGCGUUACCUGUAAACGACAUACUGCAAGUUGAAUGGGCACAUAAAUAUGAUAUGUUGCAUAUGAGAGAGACUGAAAUCGAGGACAAAGAUUUGACAAUGUUCAUAGCGGAAUCCAGCGAAGCGUUCAAGAAAGCUGCAGUUACGUUCACCGCAGCGACAGAGUUCCUCACAAGACACGCCACAUCAAUAACAGAUCCAAUACAGAAGUUUUAUUCGUACAGAAUUAUUAUGAGCUGGUUUGAAGAGAAUCAUGAAUACGGCAGAAGGAGAGAGGAGAUCGAACAUUCUAUGUGGCACGCCUACUUCAACGUGGAAAACCAAGAUAAUGUAUUCCUGAAUAGUUACCAUUGUCUCCUGCAUUUCGUUCUUACAGGACAGAAAGAUAAGACAUUGUCUGAAAGUAUGGGACAGAUGAACGCCAAUAAACGGUUUUCGGUAACUCUGCAUCAGAUAGAGGUAGAAUCUGACGUGGGGAAUAUAGAAGAUGUAGUGUUACUAGAAGAGCCGGAUAUGAUAGACUGUUGGAGGAGAGUUGUGAAUCAAUUAUUAGAGUUGAGGUUGUUAGUAGAAGCGUUUCGUUUAUCAGCGUUAUACGAAACUCCUCCAGAGUAUCUGUACAGGACUCCCGUCUGUCCUGUUCAGAUAAUAAGGACGUGUUUGCGACUGGCCGAGGGCGCGUGCUCGCCGUACGAGCUGCCUCAAGAGCUUCGUUUGGUCAUAUCAUCGCCGCUACAAAAUAAACUUACGGUAUCGGAGACUUCGGAGACUAGUUUCGAAGAGUUGGUGGUGAUCCAAGAGCGUCAGGAGGCAGGUUCUGUGCCGCAGCUGGCGGCGCGCGAGGAUGCAGACCGGCUUGCCGCGCUUGACGCGCUCGCCGUGCGCAGCGGACUGUCUCUCGCCAAGCAGAUUGCGAGUUAUUUCCGUAUAGCAUUACAAAUUGGACGCGAGUACACUUUCGUGUUGAAAUAUGAAUGUAGUCCUGUGGACUUUAUCAACCUGGUGAGCGGCAGGGCGCGCAUGUCGCUGGCCAAUCUCGUCUUCAGGACAUUUAAUGUACCUUCCAAACAGGUUGCUGAAUAUCUCUGUUUGGAAAUGGUUGGCGCGAUAAUAUCGCCACAUCUAGUGAAGACAUCCACGUUCAGGCAAAAGGAGCACUUCCAGUACACAUUAUGGGGCUUUGUUCUGAAUUCUGAUAUUGAAAUGUUUCUAAACAUGAGACCUGACGCUUGCAGUCACAUAGGAAGGCUGAUUCUCGAUCAUUUGAUAGCCUUCCAAAAGAUUUAUAAAGCUACGACCACAUUUAAAAUACCAGAAAACACUUUAGACGACAGUUGUUUAGAUUUGGAAACGUUAAUAGACGAAGAAUACCAGCAUGUUGAGAAUGAUGAAGUGGAAUCAGUUUUAACCGAAGAAGGUACUUUAUUAUCAGCUGAGACUGAGUCCGUAUACUCAGUGUCGACUGUGUACACAGUCGGUAACAAGCUGACAAGAGACACCAGAAGGAAUCUCUUCGAUGCAAUAUCCCGGAGUAAUGUUCACGUAAGAUACGAAGUGAAAUCAAAUAUAAGGAAGAUAACUAAAGGCGCCAAACUAUCAACGAAACAGGUGAACAUAAUCUGCAUCGAGCUGCUGGUGGUGGGUCACGAGUGUUUCUCGGGCGCGUGCGACACGGAGGGCGUGGCGGUGUCGCUGCGCUCGGCGCAGGCGCUGGCGGCGCGGCUGCUGGCGGCGCGCGCCUGGCGCCUCAUGGUGCGUCUGCUCACCGGCCUGGCGCGCUACACAGAGUGCGCCUACAUAUUCCAGGCUCUGCGUGACAACCACCAGUUCGAGUACCUUUUAGGUCAGUUCGACUACAUGCUGGGCCAGCAGCCGGACAGGAUCGCCGCCUUCAAGCACGGCCUCCUCGACUUCCUGAAGACGCACUGCCCCGGGGAUACUGACGCGUACAUCAUGGUGGCUCUCCACUUCAACAUGUACUCCGAAGCCGCAGACGUUAAAAGACGACAGGCGUUGAACCUCAUAGAUGAUUUAGAGAAGAUAGCGGAUGAAGUUCGACCGAAGAAGACUCAGCCGACGUGGGUGAUGAUACAUGACAAUGUGUCGACUAGAACUCUGCUCGAUACAGCAUUGAACCACUGCACGGACGCCGCGGAGCUGUACCUGCAGGGAGGCUGCACGGGCUUCGCGGGGGAGAUGGCCAGCCUGGCGCAGCAGGUCGCGCUGCAGACCGCGCUGCUCGGCGCCUCGCCCACCAGGCUCAUACUGAACAGGACGCCGGAACAGAUGUACAAUCUAGUCACUGAAUAUUUGAGUUUCAUGGAGGGGCUGGUGCUGUGGUGCGGGGCUGGGGGCGGAGGCGGGGGCGGGGGCGGGGGUGCGGCGUGGCGCGAGCUGGCGUACCGGCGCGCGCUCACCCACGACCAGCCCUACUUGCGCGACAUGGCCGCCUACAGGCCGGACGUCGCGCACGACUUCCUGCACAGAUACAAAACGGAGAAGAAAAAAACCCCUGCCUCUCAAGCUGCUAUGACGGAACUUCGCAAUCUAUUGAGAUGAUUACUUUUAAUUUGUUCGUAGACGACUAGAUCUCAGUAUAAUCUUUUUUUUUUAAAUAACUAGCAUCCCAAAACCUUGUUAUCGUAGUUUUAAUUGGUAAUAUAAAAUGGCUCUUGCGUAUAUAGUUGUAAGUAAAAAAUCGUUUUUUUUAUCGUUGUAUUCUCUCAAUUAAAUUUUGCUUUAUAACCGGUUUUAAUGUUUAUAAAUGUUAACUAAUAUUUUAUUGCAUGCAUAUUCUCUAUAUUGCAGUUAUCUGUAAGUCGCUGUGAUAUUGAACUGACUGUAUUUUUAUAAA